CCUUUAGCGAGGCAACCGCAGGCAAACCAGGAAGGGCGGGGUUCACCGCUUGCCGGGUCGUCCUUUCAGUCUGGUGGCAGCCCAGGCGGGAGAGCGAACGAACGAGUAAGCGAGAGGCUUGGGACGGCCGCUAAGCAGCGACCAUCGGCAUGUUCAGUUGGCUGAAGCAGAGCGGGCACCAAAAGCCUGGCGAAAGCGAGGACGUGGUGGAAACGGUGACCGGCGGUUUGAAGGAGCUUUACGCGAAGAAACUGCUUCCGCUGGAGGAGCAUUACCGCUUUCAUGAGUUCCACUCGCCAGCCCUGGAGAACGCAGACUUCGACAACAAGCCCAUGGUGCUUCUCGUGGGUCAGUACAGCACCGGGAAGACCACUUUUAUCAGGUACCUUCUAGAGCAAGAUUUUCCAGGCAUGCGAAUUGGCCCUGAACCAACUACAGAUUCUUUUAUUGCUGUCAUGUAUGGAGAUACUGAAGGGAGUACUCCAGGAAACGCUCUUGUGGUGGAUCCCAAAAAGCCAUUCCGCAAACUCAGCCGUUUUGGAAAUGCAUUUUUGAAUAGGUUCAUGUGUGCUCAAUUACCCAAUCAGGUUCUGAAGAGUAUCAGCAUCAUAGAUAGCCCUGGCAUUCUUUCAGGAGAGAAACAACGCAUCAGUAGAGGUUACGACUUCUGUCAUGUCCUGCAGUGGUUUGCUGAGCGGGUUGAUCGUAUCAUCCUUUUAUUUGAUGCCCAUAAACUUGAUAUUUCUGAUGAAUUCUCAGAAGCAAUCAAGGCCUUCCGGGGUCAGGAUGACAAGAUACGGGUGGUGUUGAAUAAGGCUGACCAAGUGGACACCCAGCAGUUAAUGAGAGUAUAUGGUGCACUCAUGUGGUCCUUAGGCAAAGUAAUUAAUACUCCAGAGGUAUUGCGAGUUUACAUUGGUUCUUUUUGGGCCCAGCCCCUGCAAAACACAGAGAAUCGAAAAUUGUUUGAGGUAGAGGCACAAGAUCUUUUCCAAGACAUUCAGAAUCUUCCACAAAAAGCAACAGUGAGAAAACUGAAUGAUCUGAUCAAGAGGUCACGGCUUGCAAAGGUGCAUGCUUAUAUAAUCAGCUAUUUGAAAAAAGAAAUGCCUUCAGUAUUUGGAAAAGAAAAUAAAAAGAAGGAAUUGAUCAACAGAUUACCUGAAAUUUAUCGUCAGCUACAGCAGGAGUAUCAAAUUUCAUCAGGAGAUUUCCCCGAAGUCAAGAAAAUGCAGGAACAAUUGGAGAACUAUGACUUCACUAAAUUCCAUUCACUGAGACCAAAACUGAUAGAAGCCGUCGAUAACAUGCUGGCCAAUAAAGUGGCUUAUUUAAUGACUCUGGUUACACAGGAAGAACGUAGCAUGCCAACACAAAAGGUGCAAGGUGGGGCAUUUGAUGGCACCACAGCAGGACCAUUUGACCAUGGCUAUGGGGAAGGUGCCAAGGAAGGAGCUGAUGAGGAGGAAUGGGUUGUUGCCAAAGAUAAACCCACAUACGAUGAAAUCUUUUACACUCUCUCACCAGUCAAUGGUAGAAUCUCUGGGGCCAAUGCAAAGAAAGAUAUGCUGACCUCCAAACUGCCAAACAGUGUCUUGGGAAAAAUCUGGAAACUUGCUGACUGUGAUAACGAUGGCAUGUUGGACGAAGAGGAAUUUGCAUUAGCGAAGCAUCUCAUCAAGAUAAAAUUGGAAGGAUAUGAACUUCCUAAUAUCUUGCCCAUCCAUUUGGUACCCCCAUCCCAUAGAAAAAAUGUGCGUGGAAUAGAGCGGUAAAAUGAAUUGUGAAAAAGUUAAACACACAAAAUGGUGAAAACCGUUACAUAGAAAAACUUGCAAGAAUCCUUUUAGCCCACUUGAAAGUAUAUUAAUCUGCCAAUAUUUUCAGAUUUUAAAUUUGUCCUAAAGCAAAAUCGCUUUUGCAUUCUUUUUAAAAAAAAGCACGCAGAACAUAAUUGGCAAUGAGAAACUAUAAUUAGUCAGGGUAUCCAUGUAUGCACAUUUGUGUCCCUAUAGAAAUUAUUUCUGAUUUUUAAAAUAUACAUGAAUUAGAUGCAAUAUUCUUUGUAAGUUAUAGGAACCAGCAAUGUAGAGCACUAGUUAACUUUUAUGAAUAGAUAUAGAAACCCUCUUGCACAAAAAUAUUUUGUCGAAAGUGCCUUUUAAAUCUCUUUUUGCAAAUAUUAAAUGGGUUAAGGAGAAAUAUUUCCACUAAAUUUACAGUCAUAUUGAUGAAAUAGGAUUAGGUAGGUGUAAAAUAAAUUCAGAUGUUUAAAUAAUAAAAGACAAAACUUAAGGCCUUUACAAAAUUUUAAAUCAAUUUUCUUCCAAGAGCCAUUAUUUUUUUUAUUUGAAAUAUAUUUGAAAUAUUUUUAUGAUAUUCCAAAAUCAAACUAUGUUUCUUAGAUUACGUUUUUAGCCUAAGAGAAUGCAUUUCAGUGCAGUUUUGUUGCUUUAAUCAAAUAUUUAAGAGCAUGUUUUAGUUUAAAAUUUAUGAACAAAUAGUUCACUGGGAAAAAGAAAAAAAUGGUAUGCAAAAAAUAAGUGUUUUAAUGAAUACUAACUUCAUUUGAGAAAAUUGGUGAAAUAUAAUUAACAAAUACUUAUUUCAGUUGAUUGUGAUCAGAGUAAUUGUUGAAAUUAUUCAAAUUGCUAUAAAUAACAUAUAAAAUAUCAGUUUUGCAAGAUUAGAUUCAAUUUUGUUUCCAGCCAAAUUUUGCACAAACUCUAUAAAUGGGACAUGAAUGCAUUACAGUACCUUUCCCUGUUCUCAGCAUUUGGUGAUUAGAGAUAUGCUAUCUCAGAACAUGGAGGUUCCAGUUAACAUCAUAGCUGAUAAGUUGUGAUAAAAUUGGUGUCUGUGCAUUUUAUUUUUUACUUUAUAAAGUCAUUUAAGAGGAGGCUAUUACCAAAUAUUGUGGUCAGAUCCUAAUAGCUUAGAGGUAAUUGAUACUUUUUAAUUAGCUAUAAAUCUGUGGGGUACUUUAUGUACAAAUAUAGUUUGCAAAAUUACACAUUCUGAGAAUUCAGUUUCAUAAAAAUAAAACUUGCUGACCACGUACCAAUAUUCUUUGCAGUGUUACCAUGAAUAAAUGAAAGGUAUGCUUACUGAAAGUGAAUUACGUACGGGGCAAGUAAAACUGUUUUGAUAUUCUUCUCAGUGAUAUUAUUCAUUGUUAAUGUGAAAGGUGAAAUUGAUCAUUCUUUGGUAUUCCCAGUUUUUGAUGGGUAGUGAUCCCAGGGAUCUUGUUUGCUAUUCUCUUGCUUCCUAUUGGCUUCUUCCCUUGCACUGUCACGUGUGAACUUGAUCUACACCACGGGUGUCAAACUCGUCGCAUCACGUGACGUAUCGUGACUUUUUUUGCAUUGUCGGAGCUGGGGUGGACACGGCAUCCGUAUGAUGCAACCAGUCCGUGGGCCGGCAGUUUGACACCCCUGCUCUACACAAUGAUCUAGUUCAACUGAGUUGCUGCCUUGAGCUUCUGAAUGAAAGGCAGGAUAUGACUGUAACAAAUAUGAAGUCAAAUUGAUCCAGCCAUCUCAGUCUCCUCUGCGCUGAUGAUGUCAUCAGUGGUGACAUUGUAUGGUCUUUCCAAACUUAUUGCCUCAGAUCCCUUUAAGUGGAAGUGCUAACAUGGGAUCUUCUGUUUGUAAAACAUGUACUUUGUUACAUUAAGCCAUAGUAGGCUUAACCCUGGCUUACUGAGGAAACCCCAUUUUUCUGGGUUAACUUUAUGGCUAAAUAUGAUUAGAACGGUAUCAGUUUUGGAUCUUCAUUAUAACCGCUUUGUGAACAUUGUCAUUAAGGUGCUGUAAUUAUUUCAGGUUUUUUUUAAUAGACUGUCAAUCUAGCUCUAGUUCUGUUACCAAGAUUAAUAUUCAAGUAUGAAUCUAUCAGUCAGGAGGGACAGUAUAGGCCAGUGCUGAUUUUGCAAUGGUGGGUUUUUGCAAUUUCAAGGUUUUUGAAGGAGCCGAUUGAUUGAGAAAGGGUAAUAAUAAUUCAGAGACAAAUGGCCAGGAGGACCAUGUUAGACUAAAGAGCCUGGUGCCUGGUAGAAAUUUACCAUCUUUCCCUCUUGUAGUAUUGAGUCUUAGCAGAUACAGUUUAUUUCAAGGGGGAAAAUCCUUAAAGGGAAAUUGAAAUUCUGGUGACACUGAAAAAAGAAAUCAAGAAAUAAAAUUCUAUCUGUAAAUCACAUAUAGACAGAAUAUAUAUUUUAUUUAUUGCCAAAAAUAAAAAAAAUACACAGCUUAA